AUGAAAUGGGCGCUCGCCUUCGGGCUGCUGUUGUCAGCGCUACUUGCCAACGCCAUCGAAAUCCAGCUUGACGAGACGGACGAGAACCGCCAGCAAUGUUCGGGCAUGUAUAGCAAGAAGUCGUGGGGCGGUAGCGUCGACCCUUUCAUCCUCGUGAAGUUCCUCAAGGAUGACAUCGCCGUCGAGAAGGGGGAGGACCCCAUCGUUAGCCUCCUGAUCUUCGAAUGGCAGGACAAGGACUUGCUAGGCAAGCCUUCGGAUGCGGACUACAUGGACAGGAAAUACAUCUGCGACGAUGAUGCCGUAGCACAGCAUUACUGCAACGCUACUCACCUCGGCCAGUUCAUCAUUGCCGACGACGCCGAGAAGACCUCGCAGCGCGUCAUUCGCACCGAGGCCAUCCACAUCGCGCAAAAGAACCGCCUGGCCGUGAACUACCCCAUUCAAAAGACCGGAUACUACUGCGUCGAGACGUUCGCCCAGGAAGGCCAGGAAUACAGGGCCAUUGCCGAGUUUAGGAAUGCAUACGGCGAGCUUCCGGCCGCCCAGAUUGCGAAGUUGCCUUUCUACGGAGGCAUGGCUAUUGUCUACGCCGUCAUUGGCGUCUUCUGGGGAUUCCUCUACUUCCAGCACCGCUCAGACAUCCUGGCCGUCCAAAACUACAUCACCGCCAUCAUCGUGUUCCUCGUCGUGGAAAUGCUUAUGACCUGGGGAUUCUACGACUACCAGAACCGCCAUGGCAACAACGUUGGAAACAAGGUCUUCAUGAUCAUUGUAUCCAUCCUCAAUGCAGGCCGAAACUCAUUUUCCUUCUUUCUGCUCCUCAUUGUUUGCAUGGGUUACGGUGUGGUCAAGCACACGCUCGGCAAGACCAUGAUCUGGGUCCGCUGGCUUGCUGUAGCCCACUUCGUCUUUGGUGUCAUCUAUGCCAUUGCUUCGUUGACGAUCCGUCCUGAUGACGCUGGUCCGCUGGUCCUCCUGGUUAUUCUGCCUCUCUCUGCAACUCUCACGGCCUUCUAUAUUUGGACGCUUAACUCGUUGAACUUCACGAUGAAGGAUCUCGUCGACCGCAAGCAGCGCGUCAAGUUCCUCAUGUACAAGAGACUCUGGUGGUGCAUUCUUGGCAGCAUCCUUGUCAUCUUCGGAUUCUUUUUCUUCAACUCGUUUGCCUUCGCUGGCGCCGGCGAUCCGGACUUUGCUCCUACUCACUGGCAGACCCGUUGGUUCGUGUUGGACGGUUGGCUCAACUUGGUCUACCUCGCGGAUGUGUGCUUUGUUGCCUACCUCUGGAGACCGACGGCGAACAACCGCCGCUUCGCCAUGAGUGACGAGAUCGCACAAGACGACGAAGGUUUCGAGAUUGCCUCCAUUCGCGAUUCUCUAGACGACGAAGAACGUGGACUGAACGAUCCGCCUGCUUAUGACCCUGCUCCCACCCGCAGCACUCCCUCUGGUCCGGAUCGUACCGAGUCUCCUCUUCCGGCGCCUAAACCCCAGAGACCAUCGAACCUUACAAGGGAAAGCCUUGAUGGUGACACGAUCUUUGCGGUAGGUGACGACGACAAGUGGAGCGACGAUGAGAUGGAUUCGCAGGACGGUGGGAGGGCUGAUGGAAAGAAUGAGGAAAGGCAGAGGUUGACAGGGUGA